AUGCGCGCAUGGCACAUGGUAUGGUAUUUCUGUGCAGGUCUUCACGGGAGUUGCAUCAUUACACGUGAAGCUGGAAGAAUACCGCCGUUUUCUGCCGAUUCCUUAUUAAGUUUGUAUCGAAAGGAAAAAAUGUUGACCGCGAGAUUACUGAACCGCAAUUACGUCGGUGUCGCGUGUGACAUCGCGAGGAAGCAACAAUUCAGCACGAUUUUGAAAAAUGUUGCAGCUUCAACGGUUACUAUAUCACAUCGACUUACCGAUUUACAACAGUAUCGACAUAAAUCCGAAGGUGUAAAAGGUGCAGUUAUUGGUAUCGAUCUUGGAACUACAUUCUCCUGUUAGCAGUAAUGGAAGGCAA